AUGGCAACUCUCAAGGACCAGCUGAUUCAUAAUCUUCUAAAGGAAGAACAGGCCCCCCAGAAUAAGAUUACAGUUGUUGGGGUUGGUGCUGUUAGCAUGGACUGUGCCAUCAGUAUCUUAAUGAAGGACUCGGCAGAUGAACUUGCUCUUGUUGAUGUCAUGGAAGACAAAUUGAAGGGAGACGUGAUGGAUCUUCAACAUGGCAGCCUUUUCCUUAGGAUACCAAAAAUUGUCUCUGGAAAAGACUACAGUAAUCCAGUGGAUAUCUUGACCUAUGUGGCUUGGAAGAGAAGUGGCUUUCCCAAAAACCGUGUUAUUGGAAGUGGCUGCAAUCUGGAUUCAGCCCGAUUUCAUUACCUGAUGGGAGAAAGGCUGGGAGUUCAUCCACUGAGCUGUCAUGGGUGGGUCCUUGGAGAACAUGGGUACUCUAGUGUUCCUGUGUGGAGUGGAGUGAAUGUUGCUGGUGUCUCGUUGAAGAAUCUGCACCCAGAUUUAGGCACUGAUACAAACAAGGAACAGUGGAAAGAGGUUCACAAACAGGUUGUUGAGAGUGCUUAUGAAGGGAUCAAACUGAAAGGCUAUACAUCCUGGGCCAUUGGACUGUCUGUGGCAGAUUUGGCAGAAAGUAUAAUGAAGAAUCUUAGGCAGGUGCAUUCAAUUUCCACCAUGAUUAAGGGUCUUUAUGGCAUAAAGCAUGAUGUCUUCCUUAGUGUUCCUUUCAUCUUGGGCCAGAAUGGUAUCUCAGACCUUGUGAAGGUGACUCUGACACCUGAGGAAGAGGUCCAUUUGAAGAAGAGUGCAGAUACUCUCUGGGGGAUCCAAAAAGAGCUGCAAUUUUAAAAUCUUCUAAUGUCAUAGUACUUCACUGUCUAGGCUACACCAGGAUUUUAGUUGGAGCUUGUGCAUGCUGUCCUUUUCACUUGAUCUGUGAUUAAAGCAGUCAUAUUAAGAUGGACUGGGAAGAACAUCAAUUCCUAAAGUUAGAAAUAGGAAUGGUUCGUAAAAACCCUACAGCUAUAUCCUGAUGCUGGGUGGUACUUAUCUUGUGUAGUCCUAAACCGGUUAGUAUGAAAUAGUUUACCACCUCUGAGACACCACUGCCAAUCUGCACACACUGCAGUUGCCCCUCAAACCAGAUGCGUGUUUACUGUGUGUUAUAUAACUUCCUGGUUCCUUCACCGAACAUGCCUAGUCCAAUUGUUUUUCUCCAGUUGGUCACAUCCUGGGAUCCAGGGUAUAAAUCCUGUAUUGCAGGUCUUGUGCAUAACUGUUCUGAAGGAUUUUAUUUUGUGUGCUAUUUGUAUCAGUGUACAUUACCAUAUAAUGUA